CAUUUAUACUAAAAUAGAAUUCCCAGAAGGCCAGCGCUGGUUACCGUAGGUAGUUGUCAACCCAGCAACUUAUAGAGGAGUUCAACAUUUUAAUGGAUGAGACGAGAAUUUUCUUUGAUAUUGUUAAAAUGUUUAUAAAGCACGAGUCUUAUUACUACUAAAAAUUAGGGUUACAAAAAUCAGGCAGUCUGUAGCUGGGACAUUUCCGCAACUCCUUCAAUGCAAAUGCUCCAAAUUGCUCAGCUAGUUAUAUAUUUUCUCCUGAGCAAGUCCAGAUUUUACAAAAGGCUCAAGACGAAGAAGGGUUCAGUCUUCAUAUUAGAGUAUUUUCAGGUUUGAAAUAGGUAUCGUGUUCUAAAAACAUAUCUAUUUUAUUUUUUUGGUUUCAUCCUUGAUCAGAAUGCGGCUGGUUAGGGGUUCAAUUCUUUCCUCCGAAGCAUGUUCAACUUCCAAGGCGGCUCGUAUUCUACGACGGUUUCUGUGCAGCGACGGAGGAACUGAUGAUUCUGUCAAGAGCUUUCUAAAGAGUGCUGCUCGCUCUUUGGAAUCCAUGGGAGAAGGUUCACAUUCAAGCCUCAAUAAAUCCAAAAAGAAGAAAAUGAUUUUUGAAACUCCCGUGGCCACGGGUUUCGAAAACCCUAACGAGGGUUUAUCAGGAUCAGGGCAGGAACCGCAAACACAAGCAAGUUCCUUCAAAACACCUGUUAUAGAAGAUCGGAAACACAGUAAAAAGAGUGAAAAAUCUUCUAAACUUUCUAUUCAAAAUCUUCCAGAUGAUACGGGGGAGGAGGAUGUAAUAAGGCAGAAAACUGAAGUUUAUAAACAUGCUAGAAAGUCCAAGAAAAACAAGAAUUUUGAAGAAGAGGACGCUGGAAGAUUAGAAAAGACGGACUUUGAUUCAUACGCUACACCUACUAUUCAGAAGAAGUUUGAAAAUGUGCCAAGGGCAAACGGGUUUCGUCCAGAUGAUGAUAUCUCAACUUUAGCAGCACUGAAUCAAUUUGGCAUUGAGAUUAGUGGGCAACCAGCGAAGAAAAAGAGAAAAAAGGAUAAGGAACAUCAACACAAUGAAAACCAUGAUGGGGAUCUAAAAAUUUUACGAGAGCAAACGGAUUUGGAGCUCAAAGAGACGCAUGCUACACAUAAAAAGUUGAGAAAGUUAAUGUCUCCUGAUCGCCUAGAUGAAGAUAAUGGUAAUAUCUUGGUAUCACUAAGCUCUAGAAAAUCAGAACAAGGGAAGCAUCCUGCCAAUGAGGGCGACGAUCAUUAUAGCAGAAAAGCUGCAGAUGAAGAGCAGCAAUCUCAUUCCAUCAAGAAAAAGAAGAAGGACAAAACUCCAAAGAACCUUGUGACUGGUUAAAUGGCUAGAUAACUUGGGCCUUAUGUUCCAUUGGUCUAAACUUUAUAAAGCAUAAAAGGUCUAUAAAAAAACCAUCCCAGUAAUACAACCGCUUUGUCAGCUCCCAGAUUUUGAGAUACUUCUGAAGAUUCCUUUUCUGGAAAGAAUGUAGCAAAUUAUUUUUGGUAGAAACUGGCAAUGGAAAGAAGGAAAUCUGCUGUAAAAUGCCAAGCAAUCUAAGAAGAUGAAGAGAUCUUGACAGUCUUAGUUGGAAGGCGACUUGGUAUCACUGAAGCAGCACUAAGAAGAGACCCAUUUGCAGUCUGGAGACUAUUUGUCAAUGAAGGUGGUCAUUCUAGCAGAUCAUGAAUAAUGCUUUCCCCCUCUCCCACUUUUCAACCAGUUGCUUUCAGUUUCAGGUAUCAAAAUGAAACCAUGUUUUCAGUUAGUAACACAAGAUUGCAUCAGCAUGAUGUAUUUUGUAUCUGGGUUUUACUAAAAAGCAGCUUGUGGAUGUAAUCCUGGCCUCAAAAUUGUGUGAUUAAACUUAUAAAAGCUUUUGGAAGCAAAAACUAGUUGGCUGUAGGCGUUGAAACAAGUUUUUUGCUCGUGUGAAGUUCCUUGUCUCUCAUAAGUAGCACAAAAUAUUGGUUUUAAACUAAUAAGAUAUUCCGAGACUUGGCUGCUACUAGUUAGAAACAGAGGUUCUCAAAUCUGAUGUAACCGAUCUUGCCUUGAGUUGUAUUGCAGUUUAGGACUUAAUAAUAUUUGUUUACUAACUGAAACGGUAGUUAGAUUAAUUGCUCGAUAUUACUUUAGGUUAGGCUGAUAUAUGAUGUAGGCAAGGCAAUUGUAUCUCUCUUUUUCCUUAUAAUGUGCCAUUGUAAUCAAGUAGAUGCUUUUGUAGAGGAUUUUGAUGCAAAAGGGCAGAAAAUAUUUCAGUUGCAACAUUUCUGACAUUAAAAGCCAUUGCACAGAAAUAAAUUAUGAGAUGUGAUACAUACAGCUUAUAUGAAUCUACUUUUACUGACUGUUUUUGAGA